AUGGACGACUCCCGCCGACGUCAGCUUCAUAGCUGUGAUCCAUGUCGCAAGGGCAAAAGAGGCUGCGACGCACCUAAAGACCGACAAAAGGGCACAUUCAGUACUUGCUCAAAUUGCACGCGAUGGAAAAAGGAGUGCACAUUCAAUUGGAUUUCGUCAAAGCGCGUGGACUCGAAAGGAAGUCGAAAACGCGCCAAAUCAAAGCCCACAAGCGCAACUAUCGUAGGCUCUAAUGAUGAAGCUCUUGACGAGAUACUGCGCUCCGCACAAACUCAACCUGCCAAUCUCGCAGAAUUGCCGGAGUUGUUCGGCUCCCCUGGAACCACAAAUUACGCCUCGUCCUCGUCCUCUUCACACCCGGAGAAUCACUUUCUCGAGCCGUUCCAACUCCAGAAUUCAAAUAAUGACCAGUCUCAGUUAUUUCCUUGGACGACGAAUAUUCCAUAUGGUUUGCAAAUUAAUAGCUUAUACCCACAUGGAUCUCCAGACUCUUCCAUGGAAUCCGACGCCCAGGCUGAACUUUUGGAUUUGCAACCAAGCUCUAUCGAGAGCACGUACAGCUUACUACCGCACGAUGAAUAUAUACCCACUCCUCAUCUCGUGUCGACGGUUCCGCCGUGGAAACAGAGUCGACAAAAACAUCCAUCAAAUUCUGCGUCUGACCGAAGCUCAACCACAGAACCCCAGUGGAACUUUUGCAUCGCUUCAGAAAAUGCAGCCAAACAAAGCGCUCGUGCGACAAUGUCACGCAACCUGGUCCGCAUAUACCACGACAGCAUGGAGAAUGCUUUGUCAUGUUGGUUGACAGAGCACAACUGCCCUUACAGCGACUCAAUCAGUCAGGUCGUUCCUCAUCGAGGGAUGAAAGAAUGGGGUCCGAGUUGGUCAAACAGAAUAUGCAUUCGAGUCUGUCAGUUGGAUCGUGUAUCAUCCUCAAUCCGCGGCAGAGCUUUGAGUCCAACAGAAGAUACGAAGGCGGCUCGAGCGCUUCAUCUAGCGAUCAUGGCGUUUGCAUCGCAGUGGACUCAACAUGCGCAGAAGGGCGCCGGUGCCUCAGUUCCCUCGCCAAUCGACCAUGAUGAGCGAUCAAUCCGAGAAAAAGUUUGGAACGAAGCACGCCAUGCUCUAGAGCAUUCGAGUACUGUUCCGUCUUUUCGUAUCGCCUUCGCAAAUAUCAUUUUCUCUUUGACACAAAGUCCGCUGGACAAAGGACAGGAAGCAAGCUUGGGAGAACUUUUGGAGAAUGAUCGUGCACCAAUUUUCCUCGAAAAUGCCAACCGCCAAAUUUUCACUUUUCGGCACAAAUUUACAAGACUGCAGCGAGAGGCUGCCCCCAAAGUAAGAGAGCUUGGGAGGGGCUCGGGUGACCCGACAACCGCCAACAUUCUGGAAGUGCCGCAGCCGUCCGAGUCUCCGCUGCUCGAUCCACUUCUGACUAGCCACGAGCACCGCACUACGCUAGAUCUCAUGUUUUGGUUAGGCGUUAUGUUUGACACGCUGAGUUCUGCAAUGUAUCAGCGCCCCUUAGUAGUGUCGGAUGAGGAUAGCCAAAUUUCAUCGGCCUCGGCGCCAAUAGCUGAGCCCGGAGAUCAGAUUGAUUUGGACCAUAUUGAUUUUGAUAGCUGGAAUAUUCCAAGAAGCAACACACGUGGAAAACAGGAUGUGUGGGGUGAUUUAUUCCUUCGUUCUGCGAUAGAACGCCAGGGAUCAAGCCAAGUCCAACCGAGGUGGCCAUGUUCCUACGAAGAAGCUGCGUCAAUACUUUCGGAGGCCACUCCUGUCAAAGUGCUGCUCUACCGUCGGGUGACACAACUCCAAACUCUGGUUUAUCGAGGAGCAAGUGCCGAUCAAAUUGAGGAUGUCAUCCAGAGGACCCUUCUGGUCUGCCAACACUGGGAUUCCACAUACCAGAGUUUCAUGCUCGAUUGCGUCACCAAUCAUGAACUACUUCCUUCCCGCAUACAGUCGUGGUACGUCAUCCUCGACGGCCACUGGCACCUCGCUGCGAUGCUUUUGGCGGACGUGCUCGAGAGCAUUGAUAAAUGCAGGCUCGGCUCUGAUGCUGCACGUGAGACUCGGCAAGCUACACAUUUGGUUGCUACGCUUAGAACGAAUAAUGCGUUGGCAGUCGGCGGACUUGCGCGGGCUUCCAUACAAGGACAGGACUCGUUCAUGAACCGCUAUUUCCAUGAUUCUCUCAGUGAAGUGGCCUUCCUAGUUGAACCGUGGACGGCCGUGCUAGUCCAUUCUUUUGCCAAGGCGGGAUAUAUCUUACUAGAGAGCUUCGAUAUUUCCGCAGAGCAAGAUGUUUAUACCGAGUGCUUACGGCAGAAUUGUGAAUUCUCGAUCCGUGCACUCCAAUAUCUCGGAAGGAAGUCCGAUAUGGCCUUUUUGGUCGCUCGGAAUUUGUCAAGGUCCUUGGAAUUAAAACUUGCCCGAUCAUCAUGA